GGAUACCGGGACCGGACGUCGGGCUGACUCAGAACCUUGUUUUCAUUGGGGGCGCACUGAUUCUGUAAUGGAUACCCUAUAUAAGCUCGGGUUGAAGGGAUUGGGGCGAUCAAUGAGUGAUUGUCGGUGAGAAAGUGAAAAUCUUGCGUCGAUAUGAAGAUCAUCUCGGCGAUCGUUGUGUUGGUGAUAGGAGUUGUGCAAGCUUCACCACAUCCGUCUUACUAUGGCUAUGAUCCAUUUGGAGCUUUAGCAGCAUUAGGAUUGUACAAUCCUAAUUUACUUACACCGCCACACACUCCUUAUUCCGGAACUUAUUCGUAUCAUGAUGGCGUUAAACCUACUGUUGUCCAGGCCAAUAAUGAUGGAUAUAAGUUUUCUCAAGCAGCGAAAAUUAUACAACCUGCGCCGUAUUACCAUGGCCCUCCAAAGCCAACGGUAGUUCAAGCUAAUAUUGAUGUUAAUACAGUUCCAGUUCCAAACGUUGUCGCAAGUGUGAUCUCCGGAACGAAUUCUUAUCACGACGUGCCAAAACCAACAGUUGUGCAAGUGAACACCGGCGAUUACUCAUACCCUUAUUCUAUCAAGAGUCCAUAUCACGGAACCUAUUCCUAUCAUGAUGGAGAUAAACCAACUGUAGUGCAAUCUAACAAUGCUGGUUAUGCCUACCCAUUGGCCGCCAAGAGUUUGUACUCGGGAACGUACGCAUUCCAUGACGGGUACAAGCCGACCGUAGUGCAGGUCAACAACGAUGGAUACAAGUUCCCACCGGUCAUUCCCAGUCUGUAUUCAGCAAAUCCCUGGUAUCCAUGGGCUGCACCUGCUCCCGUAGCUCCGCAGUACCAGUACGGACACCCUGCUUAUCCGGUUCCUUAUAGCAUCCCUCAGAAGACUAUAGUGCAAGCGAAUCUCGGGGGGCAUGAUCCUUGGAGUUAUGGAGCGUUCUACGGCACGGGAAUUUACGGGCACAAGUACCAUAACUACGCGCCGGCUGCUGUUCCGGUGCUGCGAAUCGAAUGAAACACCAUUGACCUGCGACAGCCAUUCCCAAAUAAGAUGAAAACGAACCAAAUAACGUCCAAUUAUUUAACUUCAUCAAUUUGAAUAAAUAUUUUUCAUGACUUCA